UCUGAUCUAACUAAAAUUUUACCUAAAUCUAAUAGUUUGUCUUGUAAAAGUAACAUCAGCGAUGAGGAUGAUAAGGAAAUUCACUAGAGCUUCACCGACACUGUCAGAGUCUUUCAAGUCUGCAUUAAAAAGAGCUUUUUUUUUUUGAAAUAAAAUAUAUCAUAUAAAAAAGGAGUUUUUUUUUAAUGAAUUUUACAAUAUUUGACUUGAAAAUAUUUCAAUGAUUCAAGGAUUACGGACUUAGCAAAAAUAAUUGCAAUCAUAUUGAAUGAGAGUAUUUUAUUAGCAGACGAGACUUUAGCAGUUACUAUAAAUAGCUGAGGAUUCUGCCGUUUAUAUUCAUCAUCAAACUAGCAACUCUACAUGUUCUUGUAAAUUAUCUAAGAAAAAACACAGCUAGCCAUUUAUUUUUGAGAAGAAGAGUACAGAAUGGUACUGAUGCCUUUUGUCUUUCUAUUGCUGGGGCUUUUUUCCUCAAAAAUAUAUGCAGUAUCAGCAGUUUGGCUGCAAGCCCAUGCAACUUUCUAUGGUGGGAGUGACGCUUCUGGUACAAUGGGCGGUGCCUGUGGAUAUGGAAAUCUCUACAACGAUGGCUAUGGAAUCAAAACUGCUGCACUGAGCACAGCUUUGUUCAACGAUGGCAAGUCAUGUGGUGGGUGCUAUCAGAUUGUCUGCGACGCCGCCCAGGUACCUCAAUGGUGCCUUAAGGGCUCAUCCAUUACAAUUACUGCUACAAACUUCUGUCCACCAAAUUAUAAUCUCCCUAAUGAUAAUGGAGGGUGGUGCAACCCUCCACGACCACACUUCGACAUGUCUCAACCUGCCUUCGAGACUAUUGCCAAGUACAGGGCCGGAAUUGUACCUGUUUUUUACAGGAAAGUGAGAUGCAGGAGAAGUGGGGGCAUAAGAUUUACCAUCAAUGGAAAGAACUACUUUGAGCUUGUGCUUAUAUCAGAUGUAGGAGGAGCAGGAGAAAUCUCCAGCGUGUGGAUCAAAGGGUCUAAAUCCAACAAAUGGGAAGCCAUGUCAAGGAAUUGGGGUGCCAAUUGGCAGAGCCUAAGCUAUCUGAAUGGCCAGAGCUUGUCCUUUAGAGUCCAAGCCAGCGACGGAAGAACCCUCACUGCUCUUAACUUGGUACCUUCCAACUGGGUGUUUGGCCAGUCUUUCAAAAGCAAUGUUCAAUUCUAGAAUAUUUUGUUUCCCUUUUCAACCUGUCAAAUUUGUUUGUGUUUAACUGGUUAUUCAUGUUUUUAUCACCACCACUGUAUUGAUUGCUUGCAUUGGUUGUUGCUUAGCAUUGUGCAAUGAAGCCCUCCGAGAAUAUGAUAAUUAGUUACAUGUAAAGUGAAAAAAAAAGAGAGCCUCCUAAUAGUUAUUGCACCUAACCUUCCAAAAUCAAAUAUACCAAAACGAUUUCCCUA